CGGCUCAGAAGUCGCGACUUAAAGCCGAACCCCAGGCUCCAGCAGCGUACCGUUGAGCAUUACUUUUGAAUUAAACGGUCUGAUUUCCCAAACCUCCAGAUUUUCUCUGUUUGCGUCUAUAUUUUCACUGAAUAGCAUCGAUGGCGAAACGAAAUUCCUCUGAGAACGCUUCUUCGGAUCGCGAAAAAUGGAAGAAAGUGUUCAACGCCAUGGCCCUCAUGCUGCGGACGCAGCAGGUGCAGCUUGAUUCCCUCGCCAAAGACCGGAAACUUCUUGAAGAUAGAAUCAAAUUACAACACGAACGAUGGGUUUCCGAUGUUAACCUUUUCCAAGAACAAAUUUGUCAGCUGAAGAGGGAAUUUACUGCGCAAGAGAUGGAGCACAUGGUUGAGGCCGCGAAAUUGGAUCUGGUUUUAGGUUUGAAAGAGCGAGAGGCUUAUAUGCAUAAGGAUAAAUCUGAAAAAGCAAAUGGUGAGUUGGAGGAUUUUAUAGAAUGUUUUGGCUUUCUCUCGCGCGAAUGCUCCGAGGCAGAAGGUAUAUCAAGCUGUGCUGAUAACAAGCUUGAGGAGAAGAAGAAGAAGUUGUCAUUGGAGAGUGAACUGAGGAGGCUGAAAGUUGAAAAUCAACAGCUUUGUUCCAAGAAAAGCAGUGAGAUUUCAGCUCUUGUGGCAGAAAAGAGUUUCAUCUGGAACCAAUACGACAAAUUGGAGAACGACAUGACUGAACAGUUGAAACGAAAACGAGCUGAGCUCGAGAAAGCAAAUGACAAGAUCGAGGCACUUCUGAGGAACGUUGAGGAGCUGCAAACUUCCAACACCGGAAAGGAUAAUGAAAUCAAACUGUUAAAGAAACGCAUUGUCAAACUGGAAGCUUCAUCAGUCAAACAAAAUGACGAAAUCUCCAGUCUUUCCUGGGAGCUAGAGGCGUUAAAGAAGUGCAAAAGUGAUCCCGCAACGCCUACACUAUGUCGCUGCAGAACAAGAUCAGCUUCGUUGCCACGAGACAAAACCAAGGGCAUGAAUGGGAAGUCUGUGACAGCUGAAAAGGGAUGUGGGAACUCGAAGAGGAAACAAUUGGCUGUUAUCACCAUCUCAGAUACACCAAAACUGUUCACAUCUUCAUUUAAAAUACCUAAAUUGAAGACCCCAUCCUCCCCUCAGGUUGUAUAAACAUCCCUAGAAAUGGACUUCUUUCAGGGAUUUGUGCAUUUGUUUUCUCUCUUGCUUCUUUAGUCUAACAUCCAAAAUGUAUCAUUAUCAUGAUUCUUUUGUCUUAGUCAUUUAAGCAACUCUAACUUGAGUUAAGGGCGUGUUUGUGGAUAGCAUAAUAUGUACUGAGAGACAGUGGCGGAACAAGCAUUCAAUUUGACUGGUUGAUGUUAAUGUACUAAUUUAAUGAUAUUCUCUUUGAUUUUAAA